AACACUUAACCUCAUAAUCAGCCACCUUUUCUUAUUUUGUCUGUUUCACAACUAAGCAGUGCAAGUGGCUAACUAUAACCUUCUUCUUGCUUCUCCCAAUCCCCGCGCUUCUCUAUCUUUCUCUCUCUGUUUCUUUACUUUUGCUUGGAGGGUUUGGUCUCAAAUUUUUGCUUCAAACAUUUGCUGCAACUUGCUAACUUUGAUAAAGCUUUUACCUUUCGUGGAUGGUUUUUGACUCUGCAUAUACUCUUUAGGUGAAGAUGAUGAUCGUCUUCUUGGUGAGAUAGUUGUCUGUUCAAGAUUAGACUUUGAUUUCUUGCAUAUUUGAGUAAAUGGCAGGCCAGAGUGGUUUUCCAACUCCAAUCAAAGAUACAAAUAAUUCACUCAAGGAUCAAAAGGAAAAACCAGCAUUUCUCAUUGAGGUUGCUGACAUAGAAAAACAGCUGUGGGCGCUGAUUCAUAUCAAAGGUCUAUUGCACUCUGAUGUUCAAGCCCUGUACCACAGAAUUUGUUCUACUUACGAGAAAAUCAUCCUUAGUGAUCAUGAAGUGUCAGAGCUUCAAGAUAUUGAAUAUUCGUUGUGGAAGCUUCACUAUAGGCACAUUGAUGAAUUUCGUAAAAGAAUAAAGAAAAGUUCGGGUAAUGGAGAGGCUACAAAAUGUGUGACAUCAGAAGGUGCAGGUGCUUCAAGGUUAAGCAGUCACAAUCAUGCAGAAGGAUUUAAGUCAUUUCUGUUAGAAGCAACUAGAUUUUAUCAGAAUCUGAGCAUAAAGAUCAAAAGAAAUUAUGGGCUUCCAGGAGACUUUUGCUUCUGUAAAAGAGGUGGCAAUUCUGUUUCUGUUGAACCAAGGGAAAUGCAGAAAUUGCAAUUUUUAUGCCAUCGCUUUCUAGUUUGUCUUGGGGAUCUUGCUAGAUAUAGAGAACAAUUUGAAAAGUCAGAUGUACAGAACCAGGAUUGGUCAGUGGCAGUCAAGCAUUACUUGGAAGCAACCAAGAUCUGGCCACACAGUGGAAACCCCCAAAAUCAGUUGGCAGUGUUGGCUACAUAUGUUGGUGAUGAGUUCCUAGCUCUAUACCACUGCAUAAGAAGUUUGGCUGUUAGGGAGCCCUUCCCUGAUGCAUGGAAUAACCUUAUUUUGUUGUUUGAAAGAAAUAGGGCAUCUCCUUUACAGUCCCUUUCUAAUGAGGUUCAGUUUGAUGUUUUAAAUCCUUCUGAAAGUACUUCUCAGAGUAACACUCGAUCAUCUAAUGAUACAUCAAAUUGUAAGAUGGUGGACGGUGCAUAUGAAGGAUCAAGGGAAACUCAUUUAUGGUCUCUUUUCAUCAGAAUGAUAAGCUUCUUCUUCAUUAAAUCCAGUUUGAAGGAUUUUCCUUGUACUUUAGCAUCUACUUUAAAAGAGCUGGACAUAUUGUUAUCCCUGGAUGAUAGAAAAUUAAAUGCUGAAUUGGAGUCUUAUCAGGCUAUGGAUUCAGCUAGAACUGGUCCUUUUCGAACUCUUCAAGUUGUAUCUAUUUUUAUUUUUGUCAUUGAAAAUCUGAUGAGCAGCCCAGAAGCAAGGGAUUGCAGGAACAAGAAUGAUCUGCAGCAGUUUGAGUUGAUGCGGGAGGCGUGGACUGCUGCCUUUAUUUUUAUGGGCCGCCUUGCUAAUAGAUGUUUGAAGGCAAAUGUCUUGGACGCUUGUCCUCUUUUACCAGCUUUACUUGUUUUCUCAGAGUGGUUGGUUAGCAUCCUUGAUCAAGCAGAAAAUUAUGGAUCUGAUGAGAAAUGUACAAGUGAUAUGCUUUACUUUCUUGGUGCUUUUCUUGAAAUUCUAAGGCGGAUUGAUAAUAAUAAGGGUGAAGUGAAGGCUCCAGGCAGCAUUGCUCUUUGGGAAGACUAUGAGUUGAGGGGCUUUGCACCAGUAGCUUGUUCUCAUGUUUCCUUAGAUUUUUCAACUCACUGGACAAAUGCAGACAGUUAUAAAAGUGGAACUCAGUGCCGUGCCCACCGCAUUAUUAAUACUGCAAUAAAGAUUUCGGACAGAUCAAAUAGUAGCCAGGAGUGGAUUUGCCAUGACAAGUUAAGAGAAAAAUUUUAUGUACCAGAGUCGAAUAAAUGUCCACAGAGGCAAGAAACUGAGAUGGUGAAGUCCCUUACUGGUGUUGAUGAAUUGAAAGACUGCGAUCAACAUAUUCCCAAGAUGACUAAAGAAUCUAAGAUGGAGGAGAAACCAAGUAACUCUCCUGUGGUUAGCAAAUCUAUUGCCACAGAGGAUGAAGAAGUCAUUCUCUUCAAGCCACUGACAAGAUACAAUUCAGCACCACUUUAUGGUGGUAUCAUGGCUAAUGAUCAAAUGAAACCUGAAGAUACAGUUGACCAGACAGUACUUGCUGAUGAAUGCCUGCGACGUGCGACUUCAGUACUAAUAGCACAAAACCAGGCUCAGGAUGAUCCUUCAGCAUUUCAUUCUGAUUUUUCUAGUUUCAGACGCAACAAAUCAGUGCAACAGCAGGAUGAAAUAGUGCACCUAUGUUCAGAAGCCUCCAACUCUUCGGGGCCUCCCUCAUUCAGCACCUCCCUUUCUACUGGACCACCCUCACUCAACGCGUGGGUCCUUGAUAGAGGAAGUUUAAGUAAUGACAGAGUGAAAGGGAAAAGAGAUAUGAAUAAACAUAGCAUUCCACCUAUUGAGGAAGUAGCCUCCGCAUCCUUGGACUAUCUCUCGAUCAGCAGUACUGUUAACUCUGUCAUUAGUUCUGGGCAUGAACCUGUGACCAUCCAUAACUCUUCUAUUGCUUACUCAGCACCAGUGCCGUCUGCCCCCUUCCUGCCUGAUGAUGCUGUUUGGAUCAAUGGCAUUCAAUCUACCUUGUCCAACUACAAUGGCGCAGGAAACCUCAACAGAACAAAUAACCUCUUUGAUGCAUCACAAGUGAGUGGAUACUCCAAUUGGACAGGUUCUUAUCAGCCGCUUGAUUAUGGUCUCAACAUUCCAGGUUUCAUAGAUGGGUGCCCCCCAAUGCGACGAAUGACUUCUUCCGAAUGGCUUCGUCAAUAUAGGGAAAAUCACAAUCUUGAGCGAACCCCAAGUCAUGUAUGGCCAGGAAAUGCUUAUGCUGCUGUGAAUACAGGAAACUUAUAUGGUAAUGACAUGUCAAAGUCGGGUCUUUUUGAACAAUUUGGAGUUCCUUUGGUUGCUAACCCACUGAUUUACGAGGAGAGCUCAUCAUUGCAUUCUGGUUUUCCUCCUGGCUAUGGCACUGUUGAGCACAGGAGGGAGAAGCUCUAUCAUGGUUAUCAAAGACCAAGCCCUUAUGGAUGCGGUGCCGCGAAUGAGCCACAGCCACUUCUGCAGUAUCUUAAGGAAAAAGAAUGGCUGCUCCAGCAAGAUCCAACCUUGAGAGGUCCUACAUUUAUGGGAGGUUGAAACUAUCAAAAUAAACACAGGCAAAUAUGAGCAUUCUACGGAGGCUUCAUUAGAACUUCGUGUGGCACAUAAUGAUUUUGGUAGGCCUUAACUAAUCAUUUACAUGUGUUUAUUAAUAAAUGGAUAUGUUGUACAUAUAAUGUAUGAUAAGAGUAUGAGUUAGGAAAAAUGCUUUAGAAAGUGUCAGGGAGAAUGAGCAUUCAGCUGUGUGCUUCCUAUUGAUCAUGUAUUAUAAACAUUGUGGACCAUCUCCUGCUGCCCAACAAGCUCUUAAAGAUCUUCAGCUAAA